CAUUAAAGUAAACCUACAAGCAGAAAAUGCAAUUACCUUGUAUCAGAUUAAACGAAUGAAUUUAUUUAAACAAGAGGUUUAAACUUUAAAAUUAGCACAAAAUGUCGAAAAUUGUAGUUGUAGGUUCUAGCAUGAUUGAUUUUACUGCAUAUUCACAGCGUUUACCCAAGUCUGGAGAAACAAUAAUAGGGUCAAAAUUUGAGCAAGGUUUUGGAGGCAAGGGCGCUAAUCAGUGCGUAACUGCAGCAAGGCUUGAAGCUGCAACUGCAUUUGUAACAGCGUUAGGUUCAGAUGAAUUAGGACAACAAUAUAUUGAUAAAUUAAAAUUUGAAGGUAUAGAUGUCACCUACGCAAAAAGAAAGAAAAGCACAAACACUGGUGCAGCUCAAAUAACUGUUGCAGAAAAUGGAGACAACAAUAUUAUAAUAGUACCCGGAGCAAAUGAACUGUUAACGACUGAAGAUAUUGACGAAGCAGCUGUUGUAAUAAAACAUUCAUCAGUGUUAGUCUGUCAAUUUGAAACUCCAAUUAUUACAACUUUACACGCACUGAGGUUGAAAACAAAUAAUUGCUUAUCGAUAGUAAAUGCAGCACCUGCAGUUGCAAAUAUUCCUCCUGAAAUUUUUAAACUGGCCGACGUAUUUUGUAUCAAUGAAUCCGAGGCUGAAAGCAUAACUGGAAUUGAAAAUCUUACACUUCAAAAUGUUGAAAAAGCAGUUGACAAACUUUUACAAAUGGGAUGCAAUACGAUUAUAAUAACUUUAGGCUCCUAUGGAGCCGUUUUCGCUUCCAAAGAGAACAAGAAAGUUAAAUAUAUUCCGGCUGAUAAAGUUAAGCCUGUUGAUACUACAGGAGCAGGAGACGCAUUUUUAGGAGCUUUUGCUUACUUCACAGCUUAUCAUGCGAAUUUAUCAAUGGAGGAAAUAAUUAAAAGAUCAUGUAAAAUUGCGACACAAUCUGUCUUAAAGGCUGGAACUCAAAUGAGUUUCCCACGAAAGAAGGAUCUUCCAGCGAAUUUAUUUUUAUGAUUUUCAUUAAAUAUGUGAGAAUUUUUUCGGAAUAUGCAUACAUGCAUUUGUUACAGUGUCUGUCCUUUGAAUAAUAACUGCUGUACAAGAA